GUGAGCUUUACCGAGAAACUAGAACGUGUUCUUGUUCUGUAGAUUAUGAAGGGAAACGUGUGGAGAAAAGCUAUCAGGCUUUCUGUCGCUGAAUAUGAUCGCUGCUGAUACUGACAAGCGCGUCACAUCACAUUAACUGAAGCACAACAACACAGACCUCACCGUUACUGUGAAGAGAUGGCUGCUGCGGGUUCAGACCCGGACACCGGGCGGGGAAUCAUGGCUGCAGAACACGAGACUCGAGAAACUGUUUCUCAAGAGCUGCGCAGCCCCUCUGAGCUGAGGAUCGUGCUGCUUGGGAGAAGCAGGGCUGGGAAGAGUUCAUCAGGAAACACCAUCCUGGGCAGAGAGGAGUUUAGAUCUGGAUUCAGCUCCUCUGCAGCAACGAGGGUGUGUGAGAAGAGAACAGGAGAAGUGGCUGGGAGACUGGUCACUGUGGUCGACACUCCAGACCUGUUAGACACAGACCGGGUCGAGAUUGAGAGAUGUGUUUCUCUGUCUGCCCCGGGACCCCACGCUUUCCUCCUGGUCAUACGGGUGCGUUCAAAAGAAUUUAUUUUCAGUCACACUGGACUGUGGAAGUCAAGAGUAAAACAGGAUUUCGAAGCCCUGGAUAAAGUCCAGGAGCUGCUUGGUGAGAGAGCUGUGAGGAACACGAUGAUCCUUUUCACCUGCAGGGAUAAGCUGAAAGGCAGGACGAUCGAGCAGUACAUUGAGCAAGCUGGCGAGGAGCUCCAGCAGCCUGUUGAGAAAUGUGGGAACAGGUAUCAUGUUCUCAACAAUGAGGACAGGAGCGAUCACACUCAGGUCACACAGCUCCUGGACAAGAUAGACAACAUGGUGAAGGGAAAUGGAGGCUGCUACCUCCCAAAUGAGAUUUACCAGCAAGUAGAAGAAAGGAUUAGACUAAAGGAACAGGAGCUCAAUGAGAAACACAAAGAGGAACAGAGGAGGAGAGAAGAGGAGAUGAAACAGAAAUAUGUGGAGGAACAGAGGAGGAGAGAAGAGGAAAUGAAACAGAAAUAUGUGGAGGAACAGAGGAGGAGAGAAGAGGAAAUGAAACAGAAAUAUGUGGAGGAACAGAGGAGGAGAGAAGAGGAAAUGAAACAGAAAUAUGAGGAGGAACAGAGGAGGAGAGAAGAGGAGAUGGUGGAGAAGUUGAAGCAAAUGAAGGAAGAGGAUCUGGAGAAAGAGCCAGAGGAAUUCAAGCUGCCUCUCAGGAGAAUAAACAGCAAGGAAUUAUUCCAUCCCGACAUGUCUGGAGGUGAAGGAGAGGCUCCCCUUGCAGAUACCCAAGCGCCUCCCAGCCCCACUGAGCUGAGGAUGGUGCUGCUUGGGAAGACUGGCACUGGGAAGAGUGCAGCAGGAAACACCAUCCUGGGCAGAGAGGAGUUCAGAUCUGAAGCCAGCUCCUCUGCAGUAACAAAGGAGUGUGAGAAGAGAAAAGGACAAGUGGCUGGGAGACGUGUUGCUGUGAUCGACACUCCAGAGCUCUCUGAGGACAAACUCCAGAUUAGGAGCUGUGUUUCUCUGUCUGCCCCGGGACCCCACGCUUUCCUCCUGGUGAUACCGGUGGACCGAUUCACAGAGGAAGAGAGGAGAGCAGUGGAGACAGUCCAGGAGAUAUUCAGUGAGGAGGCUGUGAGGAGGUACAUGAUGCUCCUUUUCACACACAGUGACAAACUGAGAGGCAAUACCAUUGAGGAUUAUAUUCAGACAGGCAGCAAGGAGCUCCAGCAGCUUGUUGAGAAAUGUGGGAACAGGUAUCAUGUUCUCAACACUGAGGACAGGAGCGAUCGCACUCAGGUCACACAGCUCCUGGACAAGAUAGACAACAUGGUGAAGGGAAAUGAAGGCAGCUACUACACCAGUGAGAUGUACCGGGAAGUAGAAGAAACAGAGAGAGAAGUGAGGAUAAGGAAGAGGAGAGAGGAGCAGACUGACAGGGUGGGGUAUGAAGAGAGCAAACCGCUAAAGGAGAGGCCAGGAGAGCUGGAGCUACAACUGCAGCUGAGGAGAGAGAGGGAGAGAUCCAGAGUGCUGGAGAGGGAGCUGAAGAGAGAGAGGGAGAAAAGGAGAGAGCUGGAGGAGGAGCAGAGGAGAGAGAGAAAAGGAGAGAGCUGGAGGAGGAGCAGAGGAGAGAGAAAGAGAAGAAAGAGCUGGAGGAGGAGCAGAGGAGAGAGAAAGAAGAAAGAGCUGGAGGAGGAGCAAAGGAGAGAGAAAGAAGAAAGAGCUGGAGGAGGAGCAGAGGAGAGAGAGAAAAGGAGAGAGCUGGAGGAGGAGCAGAGGAGAGAGAAAGAGAAGAAAGAGCUGGAGGAGGAGCAGAGGAGAGAGAAAGAAGAAAGAGCUGGAGGAGGAGCAGAGGAGAGAGAGAAAAGGAGAGAGCUGGAGGAGGAGCAGAGGAGAGAGAAAGAGAAGAAGGGGUUGGAAGAGGAGCAGAGGAGAGAGAAAGAGAAAAGGGGGCAAUUGGAGGAGGAGCAGAGGAGAGAGAGGGAGGAAAGAGAAAAGGGGGAGCAGAAGGGAAAACCUCCUUGGCAUGAAUAUCUAAGGCCAUCGGGAGUAGUAAUUGGAGUAUCAUCAGGGGCAGUAGCAGGGGCAGUAAUUGGGGCAGUAGCUGGAGCAGCAUCAGGACCAAUAGGAUCUGCAGCAGGAGCAGCUGUAGGAUCUGCAGCAGGAGCAGCUGUAGGGGCUUUGGGGGAGGAACACAGGCAGUGAGAGAUCCACACAAAAAACAUUACCUCUAAAUUCUAAGACAUAUCGGAUUUCAGAGAGACAGUAUUUUUGGAAAAGGCAGAGACUUUUUUUUUUAAUCGUUUGUUUAAUGGCAUCGUAGAUUCUAGACAGCUUGAAGAUGUUGUGUAUGAUCGAUGUCAGGGGUUCCCCACCCCGGUCCUGAGGGGACCCCCUGUGUGCGUCUGCUGGUUUGCAUUCCAGCUGAGCUCUCAAUUACUCAACCAGACCUCUAAUUGAACUAACCAUUAGCUUAAUUAAGCUCUUAAAAGAGGUUUCAAGUGAACUGUAAAAUGUAACUUGAAAUCUGUAACUGGUUAGGAGCUGAGAACAAUGAAAUAGGUCUAAUUAAACAAAUUAUGAGUUCAAUUAAGGGUCUAGUUAAGUAAUUGAGAGCUCAGUAGGUCAAAGCCAGCAGACACAGGGGCUCCACCCACGUACUACAAGGUGAUUUAAAUGCAUGGGGUGUAUUAUUAUUGCAAAGGGAAUGCAUUGUCUUUGUUUUAGCACAGGGAGAAACGUAUUACAGGAUUUAAAUGUAUGUUUGUGUUUGAUUUCAAAAUGCAAUCUUUUGCUAUCGCUGUUGGUUUGGCUGUGGUCUGGCAGGGGCGAUUGUUAGCAGUUCAUCGCUGCCAGACAUCUCGUGAAAAUGUGGGUUAAUUGUAAACGGAGUCGCUGUCGACCACGAAUCAGUUUAUUGCUAUCCUGGAGAUGGUCCUCGGUUUAAAAACCUGGAGCUUUGCUCGUUCGUGGUGGGUGUUCAGGAUGGAGGAACCGAGUGAGAAACGAAACAGGAAGGAAAGGAAAAUGAACGGUACUCGUUUAUCAGUUUGGUGUCAGUUUGUGUUAAUGAUUUUGUUUUU